AUGCGGGACCCGCGGGGCGCCGUCAGUUCCUGUAGCAGCAGCCGCCGCCGGCCUGCAGCAGCAGACGCCGCCGCCCUGCAGCAGCAGACGCCACCAGGCCUGCAGCAACAGACGCCGCCGCCCUGCAGCAGCAGCCGCCGCCAGGCCUGCAGCAGCAGCCGCCAGGCCUGCAGCAGCAGCCGCCGCCAGAGCCUGCAGCAGCAGCCGCCGCCAGAGCCUGCAGCAGCAGCCGCCGCCAGAGUCUGCAGCAGCAGCCGCCGCCAGAGCCUGCAGCAGCAGCAGCCGCCGCCAGCGCCUGCAGCAGCUGCCGCCCCUGGACCCGGUACGCUCUGUGCUGCCCGUGCCUGUUGCUGCCCGUGCCUGUUGCUGCCCGUGCCUGUGCUGCCCGUGCCUGUGCUGCCCGUGCCUGUUGCUGCCCGUGCCUGUGCUGCCCGUGCCUGUGCUGCCCGUGCCUGUUGCUGCCCGUGCCUGUGCUGCCCGUGCCUGUUGCUGCCCGUGCCUGUGCUGCCUGUGCCUGUGCUGCCCGUGCCUGUGCUGCCCGUGCCUGUGCUGCCCGUGCCUGUGCUGCCCGUGCCUGUUGCUGCCCGUGCCUGUGCUGCCCGUGCCUGUUGCUGCCCGUGCCUGUGCUGCCCGUGCCUGUUGCUGCCCGUGCCUGUGCUGCCCGUGCCUGUGCUGCCCGUGCCUGUUGCUGCCCGUGCCUGUGCUGCCCGUGCAUGUGCUGCCCGUGCCUGUUGCUGCCCGUGCCUGUGCUGCCCGUGCCUGUUGCUGCCCGUGCCUAUGCUGCCCGUGCCUGUGCUGCCCGUGCCUGUGCUGCCCGUGCCUGUGUUGCCCGUGCCUGUUGCUGCCCGUGCCUGUGCUGCCCGUGCCUGUGCUGCCCGUGCCUGUUGCUGCCCGUGCCUAGUGCGCUCUGCUACUGUCUGCGCCCCCGUUUCCGGCUGUCGCUGA